AUGCCAACGCAGAGCCUGGUACAACUUCAAUUACCCUGCGUGGACACGAUAUUCUUAUCCGCAUGCCAAUUGCAAUCUCUUCCACAAGACGUUCAAACGUCCAAUACGACUGCGACGACUGUUGUCUACCUGGAAGAACAGGAUCAGCCUAGUGAAUCCAAGGGCAUCCAAGCGAGCAACCAAGUCUUGAACGGUGCAGCUUCAAAACACCCUUGGACGCCAGUGCCCGAACAACAUGGCGACCGUCAAGACACAAGAAACAAACCCGACCAACUCUACGAUCCACCGAUGAUCAACUCGAAGGAGGGCGACCAACAACAAUCCUCGCCAUCAGAAACCAAGUAUCACGACCCAUUCGAUCGACCCGACGACAACGACAACGACAGCGACUCCCUCGACUCUCUCGAACAGACCCAACUAGGCAAAGACAGCAACGUGCCCUUCAUCACCGACAUCCACGAGACCACUCCCUUGAGAACUCAGGACAACUUGUUGCCUGCCAAAUCAACUCUCACCGACAGAAUCGAAGCCAUCUACAAGAACAUACCAAGCGUCGAUGGAUUGAAGACCUGGCUGUGGGGAAGUCAGUACGAAAGGCUGCUGCCUGUGACUAGGACGAAGGGGAUGGGUCGGAGGAAGUUGGAAGGCAGGGAGUAUGAGAGCAUUGCGUUGGAAUUCGAGUAUCGACAGGGGAGGGGGAGUAAUAACGCGAACGGAAAAGGUUGA